AUGCGUAUGCCGCUCUGCUCUUUUUUUUCUUUCUUUCCCUCACUCUCUUUUUUCUCUGAGGGGGGUGUACUCCUGCUGCCGCUGUCUCUCUCUGUCGGUUUCUGCAGCCGUUGCUCCUCGGCCUUGACGGAUGUCGCAGAUACUGCUGGCCGUGGCCUGAGCCUAGUCGCCUGGAUGUUUCGCCCGUCUGGCGCAAGUUCGAGACGCUGUCGUUCUCGUUGUUUGCUUUGUGCGAUGUCUCCUUCGGUGGAGCACAGCGUUGCGCGCGCUGGCAGGCUAGAAUCAGAGAGCGUGCCGAUAGAGACUCUGGUACUGGCGAUUGGCGUAUCCUGUGCUGGUCGGUCGGUCGGUCAGUUCGAAGGAGUCGAGGCUGAAGUGAGAAGACUCGGUGAGAGGAAAGUUGAGGAAGUGGGCUGCACCCGUGCUGAAUUGUAUUUCACCGGUCUGAGGGGUACUCAUGAGAGGACAGGGGUUCUUGAGACCACGCCACGCGAGAAGAGGAGCCGAGCAUCUUCCCGCCCCUGCCGAGUGGAUGGAUUUCAGGCUGCCCGUCUGAUGGGAAUAAGGCGACAGGGGUGGUGGAAAGAACACCAUGGAACCGACUGUUGUGAGCGCUGCUGA